AUGUCUAAUAACAAGCUGUUAAGAGAUUUGACAUUCCAGGCUAGGUUUGUACACAUUUAUGGAUAUGAUCAAGACUACUACAAUUUUAUUUUAAAGUAUAGGGAGAAAUGGCAGAAAUCAUUAUUCUACAUAGAGGAGAAGCUAAUCGCUGAAGAGGUACGCAAUGGGGGAUUGGCUUCGAGAGUUUUUAAGACAAUCGAAGACAAGGACUUGAAUAUCUCAGAUCCCGAGCUAAAAUCCAUAGACAGAUCGGAGUUUACCUCAGGAUUCAGAGAGCAGUUCGAUUUGACUAUUCAAAAAGGACUGUCAGAGACAACAAAGCAGUUGAAAAUCGCAGAAAGUGUGCAAUUGAAUGGAAUUGUGUCCAGAAAUGCAGUUGUUUUGAAUGCAGGGGGUCAAAUUACGUCUAUGAAAUGGUUGCCGCGACCUUUGGAUGAUGAUAGUGCCCUGUAUCAUUACCUAGCAGUGUCGGUUAUUUACAAUCCUUCUGGCGUAAGCGACAGUAUUAUUCAUCCCGAACUAAGCGUUUAUCAUAAGAAUCGGGGGUCAAAUCAGAUUAAAUCAGCAAUUCAGUUAUGGAGAUAUGAUCUAAAUGAUAAUAAUCUUGAAUUGGAAAAGCUUUAUAUUACCACAGGAAUAGGUGCAACCUCUAACUUGGACUGGCUUCCAAUUCAUAUUCUGGGUAAUGAAUCUACUAUUGGGGUUUUAGUAGGAACCUUUACUGAUGGCAAAUUACAUUUAUUCAAAGUAAGUCACAAUGAUCCAGAAACAUCAGAAGUUAUCAAUUCCUCUCGCGAAUACGUGGGAUGGUCUAAUUCAGAUUUCAAGACGACUGACUAUACAAACAUUACCACUUUUGACUUUCUAGGACACGAUAAACUUCUUGUGGGAUUGAUUGAUGGCUGUCUAGCAGAAUAUGUUCUUCCUUAUCAUAAAUCGAUUGAUGCAGAGGAUGACAUUCGCAUUCCUUCGUCUAUCAUGAGGAUUGGAGAUAGCUCCAUCAGUGCCUUGAUGGUGGCUGAGGUGGAGAAAGAUGAUUAUUUGAUAUACGUUAACACUACAGGAUCCUCAUCAUUAACCUAUACAUAUAAGAAUUUCAUCCAAGGAAGAGCUAUACCUCUCUUGAGAGCUUUAAACAAACCAUCGAUCAAUCCAACUUUAAAAAUGUUUGUGACAGCCAAUUCUAUUGACGCAAUUGCUUACAACUUCUACACAAGACCCCAUGAUACUGUUAACACGUUAUUAAAGAAUGAGUUUUAUUUCACCGUUACAAAGCUGUCUGAAAUAUUGGGCCAUCCACUUAACAUUACCGGAACUACUGGUGGUGAUAUUGUAAUCAUGAAUUACACCAGGAAAUUCUUACUCAAUGGAAAAACGACGAAUAAAGCAACUGUUCCAUUGAAUUUAUGGAAUGUUAGCUCUGAGAACAAUCAGUUGAAGUUAUCAGCAGAUUAUCUAGAGGUUCCAAGCGAGAGCUCUAUACAGCAACAGGUAACUCCUCCGGAGACUAUCAUCUCUACCCUAGCAUGGAAUGAGAAUGUCACUGGAAGUUCAGUUUAUACUGCAGGGACUAUUGGUGGCCUAUUGAUCUUAGAAAGACUUGAUCCUGCCUUUGCUUGA